AUGCAUAGACGACAGUUUCUCCAAGAAUAUCAUAGCCCGCAACAGCAGCAGCAGCAGCAAGGGAAUCCACCUAGAUCGGAUUAUCAAGUUCUCGAAGAAAUCGGGAGAGGUUCAUUUGGAUCCGUACGAAAAGUCAUACACAUACCCACCAAGAAGCUUUUGGUUAGAAAGGACAUUAAAUAUGGUCAUAUGAAUAGCAAAGAGAGACAGCAAUUGAUUGCGGAAUGUAGCAUUUUGUCACAGCUAAAGCACGAGAAUAUUGUGGAGUUCUAUAAUUGGGACUUCGAUGAACAGAGAGAAGUGUUGUACCUGUAUAUGGAGUACUGUUCUAGAGGUGACCUGUCUCAAAUGAUUAAACAUUACAAACAGGAACACAAAUACAUACCAGAGAAGAUCGUGUGGGGUAUCUUGGCGCAGCUAUUGAGCGCGCUCUAUAAAUGUCAUUACGGUAUCGAAUUGCCAACCUUAACCACAAUAUAUGAUCGGAUGAAACCACCAGUAAAGGGGAAAAACAUCGUCAUCCAUCGUGACUUGAAACCGGGCAAUAUAUUCCUCAGUUAUGAUGACAGUGAUAACAGUCUUAAUGAGGAAGUCGAUGGCCACGGUGAAGUGAACAAUAACUACUACAGAGACCGUAGAGUAAAUUCACGCAAAAAGGGGAGUGCUAUGGACUACAGCCAAGUUGUGGUGAAACUAGGUGACUUUGGGCUAGCCAAGUCCCUCGAAACCAGUAUCCAGUUCGCAACUACAUAUGUGGGCACGCCGUACUAUAUGUCACCUGAAGUGCUGAUGGACCAACCGUACUCUCCGCUAUCCGAUAUUUGGUCAUUGGGUUGCGUUAUAUUCGAGAUGUGUUCGUUACAUCCCCCAUUCCAAGCCAAAAAUUACCUGGAGUUACAAACUAAGAUCAAAAAUGGGAAAUGUGAGACUAUCCCCGAGUAUUACUCUAAAGGGCUUAAUGCUAUAAUCCAUUCAAUGAUAGAAGUGAACCUGAGAACCAGGCCUUCCACUUUCGAGCUGCUGCAGGAUAUCCAAAUACGGACCGCAAGGAAAUCUUUACAACUUGAGAGAUUUGAAAGAAAACUAUUGGAUUACGAAAAUGAACUGACAAACAUAGAGAAAAUUUUAGAGAAGCAAGCCAUGGAAUACGAAAGAGAACUGAGCCAGUUGAAGGAACAGUUUACACACGCCGUGGAGGAAAGAGCCAGAGAAGUAGUGAACGGUAAAAAAAUUGGCAAAGUCCCAGAAUCUAUUAACGGAUAUUACGGUAAAAAAUUCACCAAACCUGCAUACCACUGGCAAACGAGGUACCGUUGA